AUGAAAUUACCUAGUAUUAAUAAACCUACCUCAGCACAAUCAGCAAAUCGACAAUUACCACCAAGGUAGAGUAAUAAUGCAAUAAGCAAUUUAGAAAAGAAUCUAUUUAAUAAACUUAAUGAAUAUGAUGAUUUAAACAAGAUUGAUACUAAGAAGAAGUAGGUUGUUGAGGUUAAGUCUCAUAAGAAAGUAGAGAAUUCUUAUGAUGAGAUGGACUCAUUUGCAAGGAGACAAACAGCUCUGAAAAAUUAUAGUCAGACAGAGAAGAUCAAAGAUUUGAAAUCAUCUCAAUAGAAACAACCAUUAUAAUAAGACACUGUCUUUCUCACUCAUAAUCAGCAAGCAAAAUCAGAGGAGUCGAACAAUGAGUAGGAGGAUAGCAAUAGCGACAGCAGCGUUGAGGAUUUGUUGCAGAGGAGCAGAGCAUUGGAUAAGUAGAAGAAGGUGAUGUUGAAUUACGAGGAUGAUAGCGAAGUUGGUUAGUUGAAUAGGAUGAUGUUUUAGAGUAAGAUAUGAAACAUGUAUGAUGAUAGCCGACAUUGAUUUGGAUGAGUAGUUUUAGAGCAUGUGCAUUUUGAGAAGAACCAUUUCGCAGAUGCAAGACUCGAUGAAGUCUUUGGGGUAUGGGAUUAAUGAGAAGUUGAUGGAUGAAUUGAAUUAAUAAUAUGAGGAAAUGAUUAAGCUGCAAAGGGAAUCCUAAGUAGCUAAGUGAAUUAAUUAGGCAAUCGAAGAGUAUUAAAUGAAAGAGAGCAACUCAAAAAAUAAAAUGCCUGCUUUGCGUUCAAACAGUGUUAAUUAAACAAAAAAAUAGAAAAAAUGA